GUUCUACUGGCACUGUGCGCUGUUGGUUCUUGAACACGUGUCCCAUUGGGUUCUGCACUGUGAUACGUGGCUCCAGAACACUCUACUCUUUUUUCUUGAUUACGAGAACUCUCUAUGCUUUUCAAUAUUCAUCUUUUAAGUAAGAUCCAGAAGCAGUUACUUCCAAGUUAAGAAUCGCUUUCAUUUUCAUCAAGUUUGUGUUUAACUGAGACUUGCGACUCUUACUGUGGAAGCAUCUAUUGUCUGAUUUCUAUAUUUCUCCGUCGUAAGAUCAUGGCUUUUAGAUCAAGGAACCAUUGGGAACAAAUGGCGAAUGGGUUAAGACAAUAUGCAACCUCAACCACACCCAAGACGAAAGCCUACACCCCUAGUGCUGGUGUCACUGCACAAAACCAGCAGGGCUACAAAAGGUUCUUCAGGGGAGACUUCGUGCCUGUCUAUGUAGUUCUUGGGAUGAUAACAGUGUCACUGGGGUUGGGGCUCCACACCGCGAUGCAUCAGCUGAAGCACAACCCCCAUGUCUACGUGAAGAAGCAGCGACGCGAGACGCUGCCGGAGGUGGUGGAGCCGGAGCAUGUGGUGGAGGAGGCCGAGAAGUUCAUGACGAACUCGUUUUUUAGGAAGGUGGCUCAUGUUGAGGAGUAUGACGGCUACAAUCAUGCCGUUAAAGAUCCUACCCGUAGAGAUGCUUUUGCUUACAAACCCUCCAACCCGCGAGAGCGUGUCGUGACUCUCAAGGACGUUGGAGCAGACCCUGUCCAACCCAAGGCUUCAUCCUAGUUUCCUUUUUCGAAUUUUAAGUCUCUGUUUUUCGUUUGCUGAAUUUCUUGUCUGUUUUUUUUCUCUUUUUUUCUUUUUCACUGCUAUGGCUUUCUAGUAACUCCCAUUUGAGUUGUACUUUUUGGGGUUAGAGGAAGAGAGCCAUUUCUACUACUACUGGUGAUGGUUGUUUACUGUACUGUAACUUCACUCU